AGUGCGCGGACGAGGUUUCUGCGCAGGGGCGACUGCAGCGCCGCUCCCCGCGCAGAGUCGCCCCAAGUAGACAGCAGGUCGCCCGCCCCUUGCGUCGCGUGUGGUCGCAGCCGGCGGCGAUGUCGGCACUGGAGUGGUUCGCCCACAAGUCCCUGGGCGGCGGCAUUUACUGGAUCCAGGAGCGCUUCUAUGAGUCGGGCAACCGAGCCAACAUUUGGCUGGUGCGCGGCUCGCAGCGGGACGUGGUAAUCGACACUGGGCUGGGACUGCGCAGCCUUCCCGACUACCUUUACUUGGCGGGUCUUUUGGGUCCUGAGGCGGCAGGCGACGAGGGGCAGCGCCUCGGCGAAGAGGAGAAGGAGUCUUCAGGGAGCGGCGGGCGGCGGAGGCCGCUGCUGGGCCUAGCCACCCAUGUUCACUUCGACCACUCGGGCGGGCUGCAUCAGUUCGAGGAGGUGGCCGUGCACAGUGCCGAGGCCCCGGCCUUGCGCCGCGGGGACAACUACGAGACCGUCACUUGGCUCUCCGACAACGAGGUGGUGCGGCAGCCCAGCCCCGGCUGGAGCGCCAGGCAGUUCCGAGUGCGGCCCGUCCAGCCUACGCACAUCCUGCAGGAGGGGGACGUGAUCAGCCUGGGUGACAGACAGCUCACCGUCAUGCAUAUGCCUGGUCAUUCACGAGGAAGCAUUUGUUUGCAUGACAGGGAACGGAAGAUACUGUUCAGUGGGGAUGUUGUGUAUGACGGUUCCAUGAUUGACUGGCUUCCCUACAGCAGGAUAAGCGACUACGUUGGAACUUGCCAGCGAUUAAUAGAAUUAGUGAAUAGAGGUCUUGUGGAGAAAGUCCUUCCAGGGCAUUUCAACACUUUUGGAGCUGAGCGGCUUUAUCGUUUGGCUUCCAACUACAUUUCUAAUGCUGGGAUUUGUCACAAAGUUUCUACAUGUGCAAUGAGAUCUCUUGCAAGUCUAGCACUUCGUGCAACAAAUUCUAGAACCACUUCAUAGUAUUAGUACAUAUGACAUGUAUUAUCAUAAAAAACC